AUGUCUUCAGUAUACAAUAAAAACAAAGGAAUUGUCCUUGCCGUUCCAAUACUUUUGGAGGGCACUGUAUAUAUAUAGCCAGCAGAGGGUGCUGUAAGCACAACAAAACUUAAGAGCCUGUUUCCCCUUGUUGGUAAAUGUUGUAAACUUUCAAAGUUAAAAAUAAAAAUAUAUUUUAGACGUAUUUUAGUGACACUUGCCUGUAGUGACCUCGACUGUCCUGCAGGGUGGACGACCAACAAAGUGUCCCAGAUGUUUAAAUAUUUCUGCUUCAGGAGUAUAACCUGAAAUACUGCAGUAGUGGUAGUGGUAGUAUUCAAACACCCCGUCAGUGUCACCCGACCGGACACACCCACUCCCACUUGAGUCCUCUUGAGUCCACUCCCAUUUAAGUCCUCCUUUUGGAGGAAUACAUGUAUAUGUGUAUUCUAAAAAACCGUCCCCCUUUGACAAUCGCAAACAAAAUCCUGCCGCGUCGACACUUUUAUUCCGUUUCGGGAACGGAGAGGUGGACGUUAAAAUCUUUUUGUUUUUAUUUUAUUUUAUUUUUUUCAUGUUUUUUCUGUCUGACAAUUUUGCAAUUUUUUUUUUUUUUUCGCCGUCUGUUUGAGACUGAAGUGCCUCCUGGUCGAAACGACUGUCCGUCACAUUUACAUCUAGGUUUUUUUUUUUUUUUCUCCGCCUGCACAGUACUUACUACUACUGCAGUACUCGGUGCAAUACCGCAGUGAAUUGUUGUGAUGUACAUGUGGAAGCCACGCCCACUGUGUCCUUUCAAGUCCUAAAGUCAGUGCUGUAGUUUGACUACGUCACCUGGUCUGUCUGCUUUUUACCCUUCGCCUCUUUGACCCCCGGUGACCUUUGACCUUGUGACCUCGCCCCACUCGGCUUGUGAUUCCGACCCAUCCGUUCACUCCAGCUCUUAUUUUACUGUACUGCAGCCCCGUCCUUUUAUGGAUGUACCAUUGUGAAGCCCACACCCCCUAUGUUGACACAUUUACAGCAAAAAAAACUUUAAUUUAUAAAAAAACUGUUUUACCCAAUUUCCAAAAUUGAAAUUUAUCUGCCUCAGUCCCUCCUGCAAAACCUCUGUGCCUCUAGGGGGUUGCGCCCCUUAUUUUGGAACCACUGUUUGUUUUGUUUUUUUAAUAAUAAUAAUUUUAAUCUACAUAAAGUGCAUUUCAGAGUUUUGAUUUUCUAUUUUUGUUUUUUUCACUCCUCGCCCAUGUGACAGUGGCGUGAAUCAAUCCCGGAGCUUCCACAACAACCUGCUGCUGCGGUGUUUUCACAACCUUUAAUCGCUCCCGCUCAGGGAAACCAAACUAUCUCGGAGCAAUAUUGUCUUAGCGUGUUGAUGCUUUCAGAGACAACAGCGUUAGAAGGUCAUGUGACGAGUGAAGGAAAGGGAAAAAAAAAAAAAAAAACAGGAUCAGAUUAACGCAGAGCCGACUUCGCGCUAACGUCACGGUAAUCUAGAAUAAUCCGCCGGAAUUUUUUUUUUGUCCGAACAUUUCACUUAUAAAACCUAUUUAUGAAAAAGACCAAAAAAAACGUGUCAUGAUCAUUAAUAACUUGUAGAGUUUUUUUUAACAACGAAACAUGUUUUGAUUCAAUUAACUUUUUGGUAUAAUCCCCAAAAUCAACAGUAAUCCCCAAAAAAGAAUUGACAAAAAUGUACAAAAACAAAACAGUCGAUAUUAUAAACAAUUUAUAUUAAUACAACGCAGAGCAGAAAAUGAUCGGAAACCUUUGUAGGUCAAUGCUCAGAAAAUAGUCUUCCAACAGGAAGUCGUAAAGGGAGCUGAAUAUCUGCGAGUAUUUUUUGCGGACUGUACUGUAUGUGCUGAGUCAUUGUACUAGAUAAAAAAAAGAAAGUAUCACGGCCCUGAUAAUAUCUGCCCUGAUUCCAUCUGCCCCUCAGGUGACUUCAUCGUUCUUGACCUCACGACUCUGCGACCACACACACACCACGACGGUCGACGUAAAUGAACGUUUUUACAUAUCGACGACUGAAGAAUGUGAGUAAAAAAAUAAAUAAAAGUUUAAAAAAAGAUUCCACAGUGGGUGUUAGUGGAGCCCCCCGGAGGAAGGAUGAGUCACUGACUGACCUUUAUAUGGACUCCCAUCACUCAGUGUGUGUGUGUGUGUGUGUGUGUCUGUGUGUGUACUGGACGUUAUCUUCCACUGUGUUUGUGAGUCAGAGGAAAGGCUCGCCUUGUCAACGCGUAGCCUUGGCGAGACGGCCGGUGCGGGGAUGUUUAUGGGGGGGGGCUGAUAGCAGCACGGCCUUGUGGGUCCACUCUUAUAAAGACCGACUCUCUGGAGCUCCUACAGACAGACACCUUCCUUCGCUCUCUCUCUCGUUUUCCGGAGACUUCCAUCACUCGUCGAUCCGGGUCUUUUCAGGAGCGCCAACAACUUCGUUAAAUAUUUUAUAAUAUUUUUUUUUUACCCAGAGUCCUCUGCCUGAAAAUGCUGCCUGCGACCUUCAAGCUGUGCGCUGGCAUCUCCUACCGACACAUGAGGAACAUGACCGGUCUGAGAAGGAACGCCAUGGUUGCCAUUCACCACGAGCUGAACCGACUGGCGGGUCCGAGUCCCGGUAACUGGAUCAGCCAGGUUCGCAGGAGGAGCUCUCUUCUCAGUUCUCGGAUCAGAGAGGAGGAGCAGUUCAGUGAGGAGGAGGUCUCCUACAUCAAGCAGGGGGAGGAGGCCCUGCAGAGGGCCAUCGGCAUCCUCAGCGAGCAGGACGGCUGGACCACUGAAAUCGCAGACGCCAACGGAGACAAGGUCCUGAGUAAGGAAAUACCAGACAUCGGGAAGGUGUUCAAGCUGGAGGUGAUGAUGGAGCAACAUCCCGACAACCUUUACCAGGAGCUGGUGGGCAACAUGGAGCAGAUGGGGGAGUGGAACCCCAAAAUCAAAGAGGUCAAGAUUCUUCAAAGAAUCGGCCAGGACACGAUGGUCACCCACGAGGUGCCUGCGGAUAACGUGCUGGGCCGGAGAGACUUCGUCAGUGUCCGAUGUGCCAAACGGAGAGGCUCCACCUGCUUCCUGGCUGCGAUGUCCACCAAACAUCCCACGAUGCCCGAGCAGAGCGGCGUGGUCAGGGCAGAGAACGGUCCUACAUGUAUCGUCAUGAAACCAUGUGCUGACGACCCCAACAAGACCAAGUUCACCUGGUUACUGAACAUGGAUCUGAAGGGCUGGAUCCCGAAGACGAUCAUCAACAAAAUGCUCUCGCAGACGCAGGUGGAGUUUGCCAACCACCUCAGGCUGAGGAUGGCUGACAACGUUUCCAUGGAGACGGCUCACGCCUGCUAACACGGGGAGGUCCCUGGAGCUUUUGGCCCCCGGCGCACGCGAUGGAGACAGGAGGCGGGAGACUGACUGCACGUCAAGAAUCAGGCAAAUCAAAAAAAGAGAGAGAUGUGACGGCACAGUUGAUUUCGCUUUUUUAAUUUAUUGCUUUUAUCCGAUCUCACCCCAGUGUGAACGACCGGCCUGUGAAUCAUCGGUUCCUCGUUGUAUUUCUAUGACACUACCCUACCGUAUCGUACUGUACACUGAUUUCCCCUUCACCCUGAUGCACAAAAACCCCAAAAUAAAAUGAUGCUAACCUGUUCAGUGGAGAUGAUUGACGUCAGCGCACACACGACACACGAUCACACA